AUUGACCAGUCACAGAUCCCCAUCGCUUCCAUCGAAAGGAGGCUUGUAUAAGAGAUGUGACCGGGAUAAUGCACGAGGCAGGAGAACGUGGGACGGAUGAUGCGAUUCUGCACACGCGGUCAUCCACGAGAAUGGGGAGCUUUUUUUUUGUGCGGGCCUGAGGCGGCAGCCCUUCGCGGUCAAAUGAGGUGGAGAUAGCAUACUCAUUGCAAGCCCACUUAAUCUACCUAGAAUUCUGAUCGCGGUGUCAGCCCCAGUGGGCCGAGCAUGCAUUCCAGCCCGAGCCCGAAGGAUUGCCCGCAUAGGCAUUCUCGACGUGCUGGUAAACCACAUACAAAUAGGACCAAGUACACCUUCGCUCUUGAAAGGCAUGUCAUUCUUCCAGUCAAACCAUGAACAAUCGCCAUCGGACUAUCUGGUACCAGUCUGUCGGCACACCGCCGGCAGGGAAAAGGGACCUUCCCGAGGCAACACUGAAGCCCACAAAAAGGCAGAAGUCGGACUCAGCUGCCUGUGAUGACGGUUGCCACGAACAGGACCCAUGGACCGUAUACAAACAGAGAGCGGUGGUUUUUUGCGGCCGUUAUGUCGCGCUGGCACAUCAUCGAGAGCACCAAUCAAAAAUCGUCCACAUUGAGCGUCUUUCUAUUGACAGGCCUGGUACGCGAUAUCUGAUACAAACAGUGGAGCGACUGUCCCACGAGAGCUUUCUCAAAUUACUCGAGGCCUAUUACUACGAGAACCGACUGUUCUUGGUGUGGGAGCCGGUCGAGCUGUCGGUGAGAGAAAUUUUAGACGCCCGGGCGCCCAUCAAUGAGCCACAGCUGGCGCAGAUUAUAUUACCGAUACUCCAGGGAAUCGUGUUCCUUCGCGAAAAAGGAAGAGCACUCGCCAAGCUGGACUCGAAAGCGAUCCUGCUAAACAAAGAUGGGAUUGUGCGGCUUGGUACGUCUUCGUGCCCCCAAACCGGGUAA